UGCAUUCAGUGGGGCAGCGAGGGAGGCAGGACAGGGCAGGAGGCCGGGCCAGGGACAAGAGGGCCAGCUGAGAAGGAAGGCACGGGAGGAAGAGGAAGAGAGGCAGGAUCAGAGGAGCUGGCACAGGGAGAAGGGGCAGGCAAGAAAGCAGAGAGACGCCCAAAGAGGAGCAGACGACAGCAGACAGGAGGUGAGAGGCAGGAGCCAAGCCAGAGUUCUGCAGGAAGAGGGCCUGAGGGAGUCCGAGAACCAGGCAGGACCUGCCGUGGAGACAACAGGGAGGUGCCAGUGCGGAAAGCCAAAGGUGGCUUUAUCUGGAGGAGAGAGGCCGCUCCAGGGAGGCCCAGCGCCAGCCCAUUGGCCCGACUCUGCAGCAGGUCAGCUGGCUCCUGGAGAGGGCUCAAUGAAGGGUGAUGAGCUCAAGGCGCAAGGCCCUCUCCCUCCCCGGCCCCUCCCAGGGCCGCUGAAGGGGGACAAGUGUGAGCAGCCAGGGCUGGGCCCAGAGCCCCCCGCCCUCCAGCAGCACACAGAGGAGGAGGAGGCCCUGAUUGAGUUCCACCGCUCCUACCGCGAGCUCUUCCAGUUCUUCUGCAACAACACCACCAUCCACGGCGCCAUCCGCCUCGUGUGCUCCAAGCACAACCGUAUGAAGACGGCUUUCUGGGCUGUUCUCUGGCUCAGCACCUUCGGCAUGAUGUACUGGCAGUUUGCCCUGCUGUUUGGAGAGUACUUCAGUUACCCUGUCAGCCUCAACAUCAACGUCAACUCUGACAAGCUCGUCUUCCCUGCUGUCACUGUCUGCACCCUCAACCCCUACAGGUACAAGGAAAUUAAAGAGCAGCUGAGGGAGCUGGACCGCAUCACAGAGCAGACGCUCUUCGACCUGUACAAGUACAACGCCUCCAGCACCCUCCUGGCCGGUGCCCGCAGCCGGCGCAGCCUCGAGGAGACCCUGCCGCACCUGCUGCAGCGCAUCCCGGUCCCGCCCGGGGCCCGCAGAGCGCGCAGCAGCGAGACCUCCAGCGUGCGGGACAACAACCCCAAGGUGGACCGGAAGGACUGGAAGAUAGGCUUCCAGCUGUGCAACCAGGACAAAUCGGACUGCUUCUACCAGACCUCCUCGUCGGGGGUGGACGCGGUGCGUGAGUGGUACCGCUUCCACUACAUCAACAUUCUGGCUCGGCUGCCUGACACCUCGCCCUCGCUGGAGGAGGAGGCGCUGGGCAACUUCAUUUUCACCUGCCGCUUCAACCAGGUCCCGUGCACCCAGGCGAACUACUCUCACUUCCACCACCCGAUAUAUGGCAACUGCUACACUUUCAAUAACAAGAAUGACUCCAGCCUCUGGAUGUCUUCCAUGCCAGGGAUCAACAACGGUCUUUCCCUGACACUGCGCACGGAGCAGAAUGACUACAUCCCCCUGCUGUCCACGGUGACUGGGGCCAGGGUCACGGUGCAUGGGCAGGAUGAGCCAGCCUUUAUGGAUGACGGUGGCUUCAACUUGCGGCCCGGUGUGGAGACCUCCAUCAGCAUGCGGAAGGAAGCCCUGGACAGACUUGGGGGCAAUUAUGGAGACUGCACCCAGAACGGUAGUGACGUUCCUGUCCAGAACCUGUACCCUUCCAAGUACACUCAGCAGGUUUGCAUCCACUCCUGCUUCCAGGAGAGCAUGAUUGAGAAGUGUGGCUGUGCCUACAUCUUCUACCCGCGGCCCAAGGGUGUGGAGUUCUGCGACUACAGGAACCACAGUGCCUGGGGCUACUGCUACUAUAAGCUCCAGGGGGCCUUCUCCUCUGACAGUCUGGGCUGCUUCAACAAAUGCAGGAAGCCGUGCAGUGUGACCAUCUACAAGUUAUCUGCUGGUUACUCACGCUGGCCCUCGGCAACAUCCCAGGACUGGAUCUUCCAGAUGCUGUCCCUGCAGAACAAUUACACCAUCAACAACAAGAGAAAUGGAGUAGCCAAACUGAACAUCUUCUUCAAGGAGCUGAACUACAAGACCAAUUCUGAGUCUCCCUCGGUCACGAUGGUCACCCUCCUGUCCAACCUGGGCAGCCAGUGGAGCCUGUGGUUCGGCUCCUCUGUGCUGUCUGUGGUGGAGAUGGCGGAGCUCAUGUUCGACCUCCUGGUCAUCACGUUCCUCAUGCUGCUGCGGAGGUUCCGAAGCCGGUACUGGGCUCCAGGACGAGGGGCCAGAGCUGCCAGGGAGGUGGCCUGCACGCCCUCAUCCUCCCUCCCUUUGCGCUUCUGUGCCCACUCUGCCUCCCCGACCUUGACAGCCCCUCCGCCCGCCUACGCCACCCUCAGUGCCUGCCCACCUCCGCAGGGCUCCGCGGGGGCCAGCUCGGCCACCAGUGCUCUGGGGGAGCCCUGAGAGUUGGCACCGAGGCUCCUCUGUGCCUGUGGUGCAGCGGGGAGGCUGGCUGGGCGAGGGGCGGCGGAGCGGCCCAAAGCUCCUGUGAGCGCAGGCAAGUCUCCCUUUCCCUUGGAUCAGCGGAGCAGGACUUGGAGCUCUGGCAAGGAACUUCCCUAGGAAACAGCAGCAACCAGAACAAAACACAAACAAGGUGCACACAGAGCCUCGCCCAGGUCUCCUCUCCAGCAACCUUGAGCCAGCCCGAGAUUGGCCUGGCCACACUGCCGUCCAGGGACACAGACACGUCUGCUCCUGUUCUUGAACUUGGGUGGGGAACCCCACCCAAAAGCCCCCUUUUUAGUUCUUGGGUAAUUCCCCUUCCCUGACUCCUCAGGGCAAUGGCUGGAACAGACCAGUUUAGUAAAGGUUUGGCCAUUCCCAGCCAUUCCCAGACUUCUCCGAUUUCAGGCUUCCGGCCCUCACAGAGUCAUAGUCCAGUGCCUCCGCUCUGAGCCCUUCACAGCUUUGCAUGUUUGCUGAAGCAAUUUCCUUAGCCUGGAAGUUUCCUCUGCCAUCUCCUGGAGAGCUCCUAUGCAUCCCUCAGAACCCUGCUCAGACACCAUUACUUCUAUGAAAGCCUGUCUUCCGCAGAAUCGAUCACCCCCUCUCACCAGAUGCCUAUAACACACUAUGACAUCGACUGGAGCACUGGUGUAGCAUUAUACUUUUGUAUUCAUUUGUGUCUGCUCCCCUGACUACUGGCCAGGGACCAAGUUCUGUUCAUUUACAUGUUCUCUAGGUCUAGCCUGGCAUCCUGCUUGGAGUAGGUAGGCAGGCACUCAAUAAAUGUUUGUUGAGGAAAA